UCUAUGGUGAUAGCACGGGAGCGGUGGGGGAGACAGCGAGGGGCUGAGGAGGGGGCUCACCGCCGCGCCCGCCGCCGCUGAGGAGGAGGAGGAAGAGGCGAGGCACCAUUUGCUGCUCCCUGCCCUAGCCAUGGAGAACGCGCACACAAAGACUGUGGAGGAAGUUUUGGCUUAUUUCAGCGUCAACGAAAGCACCGGACUCAGCUUGGAGCAAGUCAAGAAGCUGAAGGAGAAAUGGGGCUCCAACGAGUUACCGGCUGAGGAAGGAAAAACCUUACUUGAGCUUGUGAUUGAACAAUUUGAAGACUUGCUAGUUAGAAUUUUGUUACUGGCAGCUUGCAUAUCUUUUGUCCUGGCCUGGUUUGAAGAAGGUGAAGAAACAAUCACAGCAUUUGUAGAGCCUUUUGUAAUCUUACUUAUAUUAGUAGCCAAUGCAAUUGUGGGAGUGUGGCAGGAAAGAAAUGCUGAAAAUGCUAUUGAAGCUCUUAAAGAAUAUGAACCAGAAAUGGGCAAAGUAUAUCGACAAGACCGAAAAAGUGUACAGAGGAUUAAAGCAAGAGACAUUGUCCCAGGUGAUAUUGUAGAAGUGGCAGUUGGAGACAAGGUUCCUGCUGAUAUAAGAAUUACUUCUAUCAAAUCUACAACGCUAAGAGUAGACCAGUCAAUUCUCACAGGUGAAUCUGUGUCUGUUAUUAAGCAUACUGACCCUGUGCCUGAUCCUCGUGCUGUAAACCAAGACAAGAAGAAUAUGCUUUUUUCUGGUACUAAUAUUGCUGCUGGUAAAGCUAUGGGAGUGGUUAUUGCAACAGGAGUAAACACUGAAAUUGGCAAAAUUCGUGAUGAGAUGGUCGCUACUGAACAAGAGAGAACCCCGCUCCAGCAGAAACUGGAUGAGUUUGGAGAGCAGCUGUCUAAAGUCAUCUCGCUUAUCUGCAUUGCUGUUUGGAUAAUAAACAUUGGUCACUUCAAUGAUCCUGUUCACGGUGGCUCCUGGAUUCGAGGUGCUAUCUAUUACUUUAAAAUUGCUGUUGCCCUUGCUGUCGCUGCUAUUCCUGAGGGUCUGCCUGCUGUCAUUACCACCUGCUUGGCUCUUGGAACCCGGAGAAUGGCCAAGAAGAACGCUAUUGUUAGAAGUCUUCCCUCUGUGGAAACCUUGGGUUGCACCUCAGUCAUUUGUUCUGACAAGACUGGUACUCUGACCACGAAUCAGAUGUCAGUCUGCAGGAUGUUUGUCCUGGACAGAGUAGAAGGGGAUAGCUGUUCCCUGAAUGAAUUUACUGUAACUGGUUCAACAUAUGCUCCCAUGGGAGAAGUGCAUAAAGAUGACAAACUUAUUAAAUGUAGCCAGUAUGAUGGCCUUGUGGAACUUGCAACGAUCUGUGCGCUCUGUAAUGAUUCCUCUUUGGAUUACAAUGAAGCUAAGGGAGUAUAUGAAAAAGUUGGUGAAGCCACAGAAACAGCACUUACCUGUCUGGUUGAAAAGAUGAAUGUAUUUGACACAGACUUGAAAGGACUUUCUAGAAUUGAACGUGCAAAUGCUUGCAACUCGGUGAUAAAACAACUCAUGAAGAAAGAAUUCACUCUGGAAUUCUCAAGAGACAGAAAGUCUAUGUCUGUCUAUUGUACACCGAACAAACCAAGCCGCACAUCCAUGAGUAAAAUGUUUGUUAAGGGUGCUCCCGAAGGUGUAAUUGACAGAUGUACGCAUGUACGUGUGGGAAGUGCUAAAAUACCAUUAACCCCAGGCAUUAAGCAGAAAAUAAUGUCUGUCAUUAGAGAAUGGGGAACUGGUAGAGACACAUUGCGUUGCUUGGCUCUGGCAACCCACGACAAUCCACCCAGAAAAGAGGAAAUGAAUCUUGAGGACUCCUCGAAUUUCAUUAACUAUGAGACCAACUUGACCUUUGUUGGCUGUGUGGGCAUGCUGGAUCCCCCAAGAAUUGAAGUAGCUUCAUCUAUAAAGCUAUGCAAACAAGCUGGUAUUCGGGUUAUUAUGAUUACUGGUGAUAAUAAAGGCACAGCAGUAGCUAUUUGCCGUCGCAUCGGUAUCUUUGUGGAAGAUGAAGAUGUUUCUACAAAAGCCUUUACUGGUCGUGAAUUUGAUGAACUCUCACUUGCUGCCCAGAGAGAUGCUUGCCACCAUGCCCGUUGCUUUGCUCGUGUAGAGCCUUCCCACAAAUCUAAAAUUGUUGAGUUUCUUCAGUCUUUUGAUGAGAUUACAGCUAUGACUGGUGAUGGUGUCAAUGAUGCCCCAGCAUUGAAGAAAGCAGAAAUUGGAAUUGCUAUGGGUUCUGGUACUGCAGUGGCUAAAACUGCUUCUGAAAUGGUUUUAGCCGAUGAUAAUUUCUCAACUAUUGUAGCUGCUGUGGAAGAAGGACGUGCAAUUUAUAACAACAUGAAACAGUUCAUCCGCUACUUGAUCUCCUCCAAUGUUGGAGAAGUUGUUUGUAUCUUCUUGACUGCUGCCCUGGGUUUUCCUGAAGCUCUAAUUCCUGUCCAGCUGUUAUGGGUAAACCUUGUGACGGAUGGUCUCCCUGCUACUGCUCUGGGCUUUAAUCCUCCUGAUCUUGAUAUCAUGAAUAAGCCACCACGCAACCCUAAAGAGCCACUGAUCAGUGGAUGGCUCUUCUUCCGUUACCUAGCUAUUGGAUGUUAUGUUGGUGCUGCCACAGUGGGUGCUGCUGCUUGGUGGUUUAUCGCUGCUGAUGGUGGUCCAAGAGUUACCUUUUACCAGCUGAGCCAUUUUCUGCAGUGCAAAGAGGACAAUCCAGACUUCUCUGGUGUCGACUGUGUGGUUUUUGAGUCUCCAUAUCCAAUGACAAUGGCUCUUUCUGUACUUGUCACCAUAGAGAUGUGCAAUGCUCUCAACAGUCUGUCAGAAAAUCAGUCCUUGAUGAGGAUGCCCCCGUGGGAAAAUAUCUGGCUGGUGGGCGCUAUUUGCUUGUCCAUGUCACUCCACUUCCUUAUCCUUUAUGUGGAACCAUUGCCAAUUAUCUUCCAGAUCACGCCUUUGAAUGUGACGCAAUGGUUGAUGGUAUUGAAAAUCUCCCUACCUGUCAUUCUGCUGGAUGAAACACUUAAAUAUGUGGCCCGUAACUACCUGGAACCUGGUAAAGAUAGUGUGCGGCCUGCCACCAAACCAUGUUCUUUGUCAGCAUGCACCGAAGGAGUUUCCUGGCCGUUUGUGUUCAUUACUAUGCCCUUGGUUAUCUGGCUUUACAGCACAGACACUAACUUUAGCGAUAUGUUUUGGUCUUGACUGACAUGGUGACAAGUUUUACAUUCAAAGAAAAAGUUUAACUUAAUUUUUUUUAUUGUUUAGAGCAACUGUCUAUUUCUGCUGAAUUUUCACAUGAACAUAUUUGCCGGUGAUGGAGGUUUCAUAAUCUAGAUUUUGGUUUUUUGCUUUUUCUGACUUCAGUGGGGGCAAUAUAUUCCUCUUUUAUACACAGUUAAAGUGUCCAUUGACAUGUACAGAGAACUAACACUAUUUUAUGCAAAUAUUUUUUUGUAGAUGAAAAGCAUGUACAGUGUUCUGUUCAAUAGUCUAUUCAUCAUGUAAAAAAAGUAAAUUUUUUUUGAGCCAGCGGACACUAUCAAACUAAAUUGGCAGCAGAUUUUAGGGAAUGAAUGUGUGUUGUCUAAAACUAAAAAAGCAUGUAACUGUUUGUCUUCUGCAUGAUCAUCCAAACUUAAUUUGUCAUAAAGUCAGGUUUUAUUCAUAAACAGAACUUUCUGCACUGGGUAGAGAGUACUGCUACCUCAGUCAGGAUUUCUUCUUGGUUUCCCCUCUUCCUGUAACCUCACUCUUGGUUCUUGACUGUCCUUGUUUACACCAGUUUCUGUAUGAGGUAUGCCUAAUCUUGCUCGUGCAGAAAAUAUCAUUCCAGGUGCAGCCUGCUGGGGUUCUUCCAUACUCUCAACACACAUAGGGUUGUUUUUUUAAGAUUAUUUAUUUAAGUGUCUAUUGUAUUUUAUUGUAACAGACAUUAUUUUGCCAGUGUUGCCCAUUAAGCAGGGAUAGGGAGGACGACUACUGUCUACUUAAAUGUAAAACAAGCCCUUCUAACAAACACGAUCUGUUUUAAUUCAAAAGAGGGUUUAAGUUGGAUUUUAAUACCUAAUUUACAUGUGUCAGAGCCUUUCUUUUUCUCCCCCCUCCCCCUCCCCACCCCUUAAAAUCAAAAGUUGUAAUGAGACCUGGAAAAAUAACUUGCACUGCAUAACUAGAAAUUGGAUUUCCUACACUUAGGGCACUAAUGAUCAGUUGUAUACAUGGAGUUACUCUGCUGGCCUGUUGUUAGCCUGACUUGAAGUAACAAGCUCGUGUGUGUUUUUUGUAAAAUCUGUAAAUAGCACAUGACCAAAUUGAACAUAUUGUAUAGAACUAUUUUUAUUUUGAUGUGGCACUAACCACCUUCAUUAUUACGGUAAAUGUUAAAGCAUGUUUUCAAAUUCAGUCCUGUAUCAACAAUGUGUAAGUCAUUAACAGUCCUAACUGUGGUGUUUUUCUCCAAUGCCUUCCAACUUUCAUCGACUAAAGUGAGUAUUUCUCUUCCAUUUCACCAUGCCAGUGGUGACUUGCUGUAAAAUAGCAUAUGCUGUAUACAUGUUGAAGAAUAAAUAGUAAUUUCCUUCAUUCCCAUGCUGUGUUUUGUCAAACUCUGCUGUGCUACAUUAUUAUCACCACUUUAGACUCUUUGUUUUGUGGUCUGAAGCUCAAAUUACUGAUUUCAAAGGCAAAGCACUUGCUUUUGGUUUAGUGUAUUUUAGGUCUUGUUUUGUAGCACCCAGGAGCCUUAGUGCCCCAAGGUCUUGCAGCUUUUGGUCUUAAGUUUGAGAUAAAAUUGGACAAAUCUGUAACUUAAGACAGUGACAGUUGUUCACGUGAACGUUUAGUGUCUAAAACGCUCUGGUACGUGUGGUCAGGUGCUGGUUUACUCCAAAGCUUUUUCCUGCUCUGAAAGAGAAGAUGCCCUUUGGAGCUGACCAUCCUUCCCUGGUCUCUGGUAUCUUCAGUGCUCAAAGUGCAGGCGUUCCUCUUUGCAAAAACAGCUUAUUGUUUCCAAUAAGUCGAAGUGCUUUGAAGAGUGGUCAUAGGAAGAGACAAAAGAACAGUCUCAGCUUAACAGGAUAGUCUUUGAAAAUCGUACUGGGGUCGUUACGUCUUUGUAGAGUAGCAGUUCCUGUGUUACCUUGUGCUGGCUCAGGCUGCUUUAAUAACCAAAUUCAAACAGCUUUCUGAUUCCUCUGUGAAUUCUCACUGAUUAUAUAGACUUUGACUUGUCCAAGUUGAUGCUGAAGUGAUUCAGAGGAGCUGGACCUGAUGAUGUAGUAGGUGUGUUGCCAAACUAAACAUUUAAAACCUGUCGAAUGCCCUCUUUAGUGUGGGAGAACCUGUCUUUGGCAAACUAAGGUUUGGCUUACCACAAAGCCAGUGGCCAGCACCAGCCAUUUGCUGUGUGCAUAAUAAAUGAGCAGUAUGAGCCUUGUCCCUGUUUCUUGAACCAGAAAAAUAAUAGGUCGUGAUUUCGGAUUCCUCAAGAUCAAAGUAUGUACAAGUAUGUUAUUUGUUGGAAACACCACCAAGUUAGUUCUGUGUGCUCCCAACAUUACUGACAAACGUUUUCCAGGGCAGGAACGCCACUGAAUCUUUGAACACUGGUUCUGUGUGAACCUCUAGAGCACCAUGUUCAUGGGCUUUUUAAAGCCAUGUGUCUGACUGUCACCAUGGACAAUUCUGCUUCUUACACAAUCCUCUUCCUGUCUAUUAUGCCAAAUAAUUGUGCUAUACAACCCCUUUUCCCCUGUCUCUAAGAAGCUCAAGGGGAAAAUGUCAAUAAGUAGUACUCAGUCUUCAACAACUUCUUUGUUGGAUCUCUCUGUGUUGAAGAUGAAUCUCACUGCUUGUGUCAUGGAUUUCCAUGCUGCCAUCUGAAUGCUCCCUCAUGCUGCGUGUCUCAGGGAUGCUGGCAUUAGGGCCUUGUGUUCCCUGGAGUUUGCCUUUGAAAGGUGGGUGACUGGUGGGCAGAUGGAGUGGCACUCCUCCCUACCAGCUCCUGAGGUCACAGGAGCAGUCAGGUUUUGUAAGGUGCUCCUAAAGAGCCCAAGAAAUCUUAACCCUCGUUUUUUUUAAUUUCUCCCAGUCUUGCUGUCCAAAUUUUCCUGUAGAAACAGAGCAAGAGGGUUUCCUCAGAUCAGCACUUAUCUCGGGUUCACUGGCAGCUGUAGCUGUGCUUUCAGUACUUGUGUUUUCCAAGUGUGGCUGCCACAUGGUAAAUACCAGCUUUGCGUGGUCUGGACUGGCCAAAUGUUAAGACCUACCAUGAGCUUCUUCCUCAGCAGUGAAGCGCCCUGCCCUGAAAUCAUGGCUGCAAGCUUCCUUCUCAUCUUGGAGCCGGAGUGCUGUGGAUUUGGUCUUAACCCUUCUCGGUUGAGUAGGCUCUGGGACAUCACUCCAGUGUGCUUCUGGCAUUAGAAUAGCAUAAGGCAGCCGAUGGCUUGGCUUUUCAAUUAUAGAAACUAUAGAAAUACAGUGCGAGGUUAGGAAUGCACUGCAAGCAAAUGUGUUAACUAAAAUGCUUAUCCUCAGUUGCAUAGAUCCUGUCAUUCUGUAGCUAUCAGUCCUUUCAUCUAGAGAAGCCAAGAAGGGAGGAAUUUCCAAUUCCAGAUAGAAUGACGUACCAACAUCUCAGUUGAAACUCUCGCUUAACUUCUUUGUUCCCUAUGUAUUUUCUUUCCAACCACCUCACUGUACUAGGGUCAUCUGGGGAUAGAAAUAGGUAACUCCUAUUUUAAUGUGUUAGCCCUGUGAGUAUAUAAGUGGAAGCACUUACUUAUUUAAGCAGAAAUUAAGUUACUCAGGCUUUACCUCCCACUCCAUUUUUAGAAAAUAACUUUCUACUCUUUAUUUCCCUUUGCUCUCAUCUCACUGAGCUUUUCCAUCUCCACUGUUUUCUGGAUUCCUUAAUGUCCUCACAUAUUGCUACUUGUUUUCUAGUGUGAGAGGUGUGUGUAAGAGCAGUAUCAAUCAUGUGAUUGAUGCUACCUUAUGCUGGGAGCACCAGGAAGGAUAUUGGCUUAUCCUGGGAACCCAGUGGGGUUUGGUUUGGGAGCAGCUCCUCCUCAAUUCCAUGUCUGUAGCCUGGUCCAAAUCAGAGCAAAGAAAAUGGUCAGGCAGCUGCAGUCCUGUCAGAUAAUUAGACAAGGGCUUUUAUCUUCAUCGUGCCUCAGGCCCUCUCUGCCUUCAAAUGUGAGUGAUUCAAAGUACUGUUUGUGAGCUACACAAUGAGCUGCUCCUUUUGCUGGCAUCCAAGCAAUAAAAAUAGUUCAUACUUGGUUUCCCAACAUAUUAUUGCAAAUAAGUAAGUAUGAAAGAGGCUGCAGAAAAAUAUACCAAGUCUGUCAGAAUGCUAGGAGGCUUAUGUUUGUAGGGAGAUGAUUUUGGAGAAGGCUAAUGGUCAGAAAAUGAGUUUUUAAUCUGAUGAUAAAAUGCAGUACAGCAGUCCCCUGUCACUGUUCUGGGAACACAGCGGAUGCACAGAAUGUACAUGGUAAACAGCUAAAGAUGGUUGAAUUUCCUGAGAUAAAGGGAGGUAAAACUGAUACAAAGUUGUCUGUCUCUUGCACCUGUCUUGUUUACUUUUUUGCACUUCUAACCAUUAACUGUUUCCCUAAUCUCUGCUAAUUACAUCCUUAAUUACAUUAAUAUGCAUUUUCAAAUCUUAGCAGGAGAGCCUAAAUUUUAUAGUGUUGAAGCAGCAUUUUGAAGAGCCACCAUCAAGUUCUAGGGACUCAGAGUACACUGUUCUCUCCUAGUCGCAAGGCUAACCUUACGCUGUAUUUUAGGGGUAAAGUACAGCAGUAGCUUUAUUCAUUGUACUCUACCCUUCGCCUACGCGUUUAUCCGUGUAGUUGAAUGACUCCUUCAAAGCUUUCCUACUGCUUCCCAAAAUAAGUGGCAUAACUUGGAAAAGGGACAUUGUUAGGUCGCUUCAGGGCCAAACUUGCAAAAUGCUGCAUCUUACUUGAGCUCAAACCGUGUAGCAUGGAACUUGAAAGUAAAGAUUACAAAGAUGGGAGGCUUAGCCUUCGCCUUUCUGCCUGGCCAGUGGCGACAGCCAUCUAAACAUGUCUUAAUUCUUCUUCGCAGCAGGCUUCUGUAGGAAGUGCUGGCUUUGCUGGUGAUAAAGGGAGCUCUGCUGCAUUCAGAGGAGCUGAGCCAUAAUCCAGAGGGUUCUGGGCUUUAAGAACAAAGUAACCUGAGAGUGUCCCUUCAAUGCCAGAGCAGCCAGUUACCAAACUUAACGUUCUUUCUUCUGUCACUGUUGAUCUUAGUCUUGCUUGUAUAAUGAUACUUAGCAUUCAUCCUUUCAUUAACUGAUGCCUUUUCUUUCUUUCCUUUUCAGCAAUACUGGAGUAAUCGCUUCCUAAACAAUUUUGCAGAAAUGUAAGGUUGUUUUGUUGCGUGCAUGUGUUUUUAGCAACACAUCUUCCAAAACUUCUGCAUGUAUCAUGUGUAAAGAUUCUUUGCUUUCCCUAAAACAAAACUCAUUGUGUUCUCUGUGGAAGAAAUGUGUGGUACCAUUAGGACUUCAUUAUACAGAUGUACAAACGUGCAAUAUAGCUUACCGAAUUGGAAACUCUCUCCAGAGGAGUUUGGGUUCUGUGCUGCAUGGAGAAGAGUUUGUUUAUCCUUGAACAAGAAUUGUGGAGCUGUCAGCCAAUUUUCCAUAUUUCUGUAUGUAAAAUGUCAGUUUAUACAAUGUACAAUAUCAAAAUAAUGCAUGCCUUGGGUUGUAGACAAAUCUUUCUCUGUAUUGUAUCAUCCAAACAUACUACUCUAUAACAGCUUAUGUACAAUGCUAUGCUAUUUAUAAAAUUCAUUGAAAAGAUUACAGAUGAAUGUUAAACCGUAAGCCUCCAGUUCAUAACUUUGGAUUUUUUUAUCAUGUGUGCAAAUCAACCUCUUUUGCACUGUAAUGUAACUUAUUUAAAUCUAAGGCAGUAAGACAGAUGUUGGUGCAAUACAAAAUGUUGUGAUGCAUUUCUAAACAGCGAUGACUGACUUAGCCAGUUACCACAACUGCAUGUGUGACCUUUAGAAGUUGUAAAUAAGAUCAAUUGUCUAUUUACAUGCUGACAGUAAGAAGCGUCACACCUAGUUUCAUUUGUAUCAGGUAAAUAAAUUUAUUCUACAAUACAUACUUUGCGUGUUAUUUUAUGCACUUUGUUUUCUGCAGGUACAUGCGUACAUACUUCAGCGCUCUCUUAUAUUAAUGCCAGGAUGACACUUACUAGCACCAACACCAUUGCAAUCUUUCCUCCUAGAACUAUGCAGAUGCCAGCUGCUCCUCCGGCAGUAUUGACCUCCUCACUGGUGUGAUUUCCUCUGUCCAGGGGCUUGUGUGUGUGUUUAAGGGACACUGUUAAGUACUUUGAUCACUCAAUUUUUUUAAAAUGCUCCAUUGUUUGUAAAAUCCCUCUGAGAAACUUAAAAUAAACAUUUCUUUCCCAACUA